AUGGCUUCCUCCGCGAGCCAACAGCAACUCUUCCCACCUGUGCCUCCAUCUAUGUCCGCUGGCGAUAGUCAUGAGAUGCGAGACUACUACCCACCGCAAGAUGUACCACGACCUACAAUAAACCAGACACCAAACUUCAAACCAUACCUCGGCCUUCGAGCUAGGCUCUCACAGAUAUGGAUCAAUCGCUGGACGAUUCUACUGCUUCUAGUCCUUGUGCGACUACUCAUCGCCAUCGCAAGUACUGAUUCAAGCCUCGUUUCCGCCCGUCGGGAAGCCCUCAGUGCUUGCACCCAGGUCGAGAAGAUCGGCAGCUCCAUGGCCUCCAUGCCCCACUACAUGUCCAAAGGCGUCAACGAAAUGACUGCAUUCGGAAUCGAGAAGGCAGUCAGUGGCCUCAUGACGAUGCUCGAAAUGAGUGUCACUGGUGUCGAAGAGAUCAUCCUCUUCGUCAUUCACAUGAUGACGAGUACCUACCUCUGCCUGAUCACCCUCGCUGUCAGCGGCAGCCUUCACGCCGCUGUGGAAAUCGGCGAAGCUGUUAACAAAAAACUGGACGAGACCAUCGAUUCUGUUACUGAAGAGAUGGGCGACGCCGUCAAGUCCGUUUCUGACGGUAUCAACUCCAUCAUUGACAAGAUAAACUUCAACAUUCCGGGAUUCGACAAGCCAACCAUCAACUUGGAUGACCAGAUCAAAAAGCUCAAAUCACUCGAAAUACCUCCUGAGAUGUCAGAGGGUCUCCAGAAGCUCAACUCGUCCAUCCCGACUUUCGAAGAGGUGCAAAACUUUACGGAUUCCAUCAUCCGCCUGCCUUUUGAGGAAGUGAAGAAGUUGAUUCGUGGUAUGAACACAUUCGAGUUCGACCGCUCAGUUCUUCCCGUUCCGCAGAAAGAAGCACUUACCUUCUGCUCUGACGGCAACUCCAUCAACUCCUUCUUCGAUGAUCUGAUCGAACUGGCCUACAACGCACGCAAGAUUGCUCUCGGUGUGCUCAUUGUCGCUGCUGUCCUCGUUUGCGUCCCAAUGGCAUGGAUGGAGAUGCGCCGUUACCGGAAGAUGCAAGAGCGUGCUGCUCUCUUCGCGGAGGGCCACGAAGCCAUGGACGUCGUCUAUCUCACGUCCCGCCCAACAUCUUCUGGCAUCGGCCUGUGGUUCGGCAGGCGCUUCGGCUCAGCUCGUCGACAAGCUGUCAUGCGCUGGGCCUGGGCCUACGCCACCUCCAUCCCCAUGAUGUUCUUGAUCUCUCUAGGUAUCGCUGGUCUUUUCGCCUGCUUUUGUCAAUAUCUCUUGCUCAAGGCCAUCGAAGACAAGACCCCAGAGCUCACGGAUCAAGUCGCUGACUUUGCCGGGAAAGUCGUCACAUCGCUCAACAAUGCCUCUAUGGCAUGGUCUAGCGGUGUCAAUGGUGCCUUCGGUGACUUGGACAGUAACAUUAACGAUGAUAUCGUCCGCUGGGUGAACACCAGUACGACGGCAGUCAACGACACACUUAACGCGUUCGUGGAUCAGAUGAGCACCACGCUCAACGACACGUUCGGUGGCACUGUACUUUACGACCCGAUCAAGGAAGUUCUCAACUGCCUGAUCGGCCUGAAGAUCGCCAGCUUCCAAAGUGGUCUCACUUGGGUUCAGGAGCACGCGCACGUCCAGUUCCCUAGCGUCGGCAACGACACAUUCUCUCUUGGUGCCCUUGCUGAGCAAGGCGACUCAGACUCUGCCAGUCAACUGCUCGCUGACCCGAACGGAAAAGCAAAGGACGAGAUUACCGAAGCCGUCGAACGCGUCAUUGACAAGUUGAUGAGCGGCAUUCAAACCGAAGCGCUCAUCUCCACCGCCUUGAUCCUUAUUUGGCUCUUCAUCGCCCUCGGCGGCCUUGUCUACGCUUCGACCCAUCUCUUCCGCCGUGAUGAUCCAGAACUCGGACACAACCCCUACGUCGUCAAUCCCGCCCUCGACCAUGAGCCCAAGCCCAGUGCCGACUACCCCACUACCGCGCCGCCGCGAUACGUGCCCAACGACUACAACGUCAAUAAAGCAGCGCCUUACACGCUCGCACCCCGACCCUUCUCAACAUUCGAACAUGGUGAUGAAAUCACGCCAGCAACAGAGAAGGUCGGCCAAGUUGGUGCACGCGCGGUGACUGAUUCUGCACGCCCGGGGCACCUACGCACAAGCAGCCAUGGCCAGCUCGCUGAUCCCUCGCCAGCCGAUGACCGCACCAGCCCGUUCUCAGACCCAAAUCAAUACGCUCAGUCGCCCUAUCCGCAGGAAAAACAGCAGCGGAAUCCGUUCAUCUAA